AUGCAGGUGCCAUGGUCGGUGACCGCCUUCGCUCGAGCCUACCUUAAAGCCGCCUUGAAGGACCGCACCUACCUGGAGCGCACUUGGAGUGCGACACCUGCCUGGCGCAGCCACAUGAUCACCCGCCUGGAAAGACUGCAUCCGGAGUGGAAGUUCCUCGGUAAGCCGUGGCUUUCAUGGAUUUGGAUCGACACGGGCAGCCCGGAGGUGGCCCAGGAUGUUUACAAAUCCGCGCUGAAGUGUGGCUGUCCUAUCCGCCAUGCGGCGUCUGGAUACGACAGGCCAACCGUCGUGCGGCUGGCGGUCCGCAGGCCCUACGAUUUCUCCGUGCUCUACCAGGCACUUCUGCGCCGGGCGUGUGUCAGCGAGAGCUUCAUCCAAUCGACUUUCGGCACAUCUGCGGACGUGAAUCCAGCAGUGAUAGAGGGCGUCCGGCUCGUACACAUCGAUGACUUAAAACCUCACGAGGAGGUCCUGAAGGAUCGAGCCACAAAGCUGCAGGAAUACGUCCGAGACCUGCCUGUGAAGAUUCUUCCUGCCAUCAUUGUAGAUUCGCAGUACGAUGUUGUGAUCGACGGGCACCACCGCCUGGAGCUGUUCAAAGCCGCGGGCAUGACGAUCGUGCCAGCUGUGUCCGUCAAUUACGAGCAUCCAGAUAUCUUGGUAAAUCCUCCUGGCCUGCGUCCUGACAUUUGCAAGGAGCAGGUGAUCAGCAGCGCCAUGAAGGGCUCGGUGGGCAAAGGGACACGGGUGGCUAUUCAGAAGUCAGGCCACGGUAUGUUUGAGACCCAGAGGCCCACCCGGAGAAGUCAGGCCGUCCGAUCAGAGAAGAUUCCAGCUCUGGUUCAGAAUGGGGAUGUUUUGCAGGUCUCCGGCGCUGGCAAGAAGCCGGCUGCUGUUGAGGUCAGAGAUGCGAUAGUUUCACAUGGGGCCUUCAGUUCACAAAUGCCUGCCCAUGUUCGAGAGCUGAGUCCUGAGCUGUUGUUCACUGCGAUGGGCGACCGGGCUGCUGGCGGCUGGCAGCUUCUGGCCCCUUGCAUGGCAUGGUCAUUGCUGGAGUAUCGCCGGAUCGUUGCAUUCGCCAUUGAUGAUGGUCUGGAUUUCAAUGCACUGGAGACUGCUGCUGGGCUUCAAGGGAUGGUUCUGCGCGGAAGGCUUGUCGACUCAGUCGACUCGAGGUUCAGCGGCACGCCGUCUCAGAGCUCCGAGUCCGAGGAGAAGAUCCAAGAGGCCUCGGAGCCAGCUGCUGCACCCAAUCAGCUGCGCGAGGCACAGGCUGUGGACACUCGCAGCGUCCAAGAUACACAUCUGCCUGCCUCGAGUCCGAAGCUGCCUCGGUACGGCAAAGGCCGCAAAGAAAAGUGGGGCGAGGUCGUGAAAGAAGUGGAGCCCUCAGACGAUUGCGACAUGAAGAUCAUCAAGGCCGGCUCUUCGACGGUGGCCAAAGCCUGCCACCGGGCAGGGGAUGCCUUGGUCUUUGACCUACGGCUGCAAGAGGUGAAGCGGACAGCAGGCUACGCCUACGAGAUGCGGCGGGCUCGGAGCCGGGAACGGCCCACCCAGCACCUCCAUCUGAGCGCAAGUGACGCAAGGAACCCGGGGAACAUGUUCCGUCCUCGGAACCCAGGUUGGCGGUUCAUCGAGGAACAGAUCCAAACUGUGGGCGACGGUGCCUUCGUCCACUGGCGCGAGCCACUCUCAGAGGGACCUUUUGGCACCAGCAAGCUGCGCUUCUCCACUCCCGACAACGUAGAUCUGAAAGAGAUCUCGCAGUUGCGGGCCGUGGUUUUCCCACUCUCCCCACGGAUGGGCUUCGUGGAGUUCGUGCACAAGCCCAACAAGCCACAGGAUACCCUCCCAGGGGUCGCGUACCUGUGGCGGGCGAGCCACGUGGCGGCCGUAAGCUACGCCAGCGGAAGCCAUCACGACGAGUUCAACUUGGACCUUCCUCCUGGAGAGGUCUUUGAGAAGCGUAUGCCCUAUGCCUUCGCCGAGUUCUUUGGCAGCUUCGAGGAGACUGGCGCUGUCCUCUACCCACCGCCACAAUGCUACAAGUACUACGAGAACAAGGCUAUGGGGGUCGCUCUCACAAAGCUCUUCCAGGACGCCAAUGUGCAGAUGCCUUUGACUUGGGUGUUCCGCGACCUCUCGGACGCAGUGGCUCGUCAAGAGGAAGUGCAGCUGCCGGUGGUGAUCAAGGCAGUUUCCCUGGCUGAAGACUCGAGUUUGAAGACUUGGUACUUUACGCAUGUCGAGCUUCAGGCGGAGACGCCGUCCGAGCUGAUGCAGGCUAAGCCCGGGAUAGAGGCCCUGGUGCAGAAGAAGGUCCAGGCACUCCGCGAGGCCCGCGUCACCUACGUGGAUGGCCGCCCUUUCCAUGGCUACUGGCGCAUCCGGCAGAGCCUGAAGAGCGCAUCAGCAGCUUCCACGCGAGGCGGCUACCAGGACUUCAAUUUCCCUCUCUCGGAGUUGGCACCGUUCGUGGCGAGCUUCGCCAACAAGACCGGGAUCCCAGUCGGAGGAGUGGACCUCAUCUGGCAGGAGAAAGAUCCCGACCUUCACAAGGUCUCGCCGACAAGCGACAUCAACCCGCCCAGCCCGCCGGACUGGAAUGAGGGCUACGCGGAGUUCAAGCACACCAAGGGCUUCCGCAAUGCCUACAUCGGCAUCCGCCAGAGGCGAGGCUUCGAAGGCAUGCCCGCCCUGUGGCAUGGGAAUGGCGCAGACGAGGUCGCCUUGACGCCACAAGCCGCAUCUGCGCUUCAACAGCUGCGGAGGAGCUUCUUCAUUCGCAUCCUCGCGGUGCCUGAAGACCUGGCCAAGGAUGUGACGCUGCUCAGAACUACCGAGCAGAGGAGCCACUAUGUUGGCAAAGAAGCUUUACUUCUCGACAUCUUGGAUACCAAGGGUGCCAAUGCCCUCCAGGAGCGAGGCGUGCGAGUCAUAAACUUGCUGGAGCGCGGCUGGGAUCAGGAAGUCGUGGCAGCAGCCAUUGCUGUCAUCAUCGUCGAAGCCGACGAGCCGGCGUAUGAACACCUUUACAAGCCCAUAUCUCUGUCCCUACUGAUGAUGUUUCUCCCACGAGCUUCCUCGGCAGCUCAUGGCUGCGGAACUUGCAGCCCGUUGGCGCCGCAGGGUCCCGCAGGCAUCGGAAAAAGCCUUCCUACAAGAUUGGCAUUGGCUGGGCGGCAGCCAUUGUUGGAAAGGGCUGCUGCAGGCGUCGGCUUCACUCUGAUGACCGUACUUUGCCGCAGAAGCACAAAGCCAAGACCGGCGGUGCAUCGGUUCGCUUGCACUGGCACGAAUCUGGAUGCACUGGGUACCCUGCACCCCGUCCUCGCCGCAUCUGUCAAGAGGUCUUUAGAGGACAUGCCGGAUGCUGACUUGCUGUUCAUCGGACCAAAAGAGGAGAUCGGAGGUGUUAAGGGCAAUGUGGGGAAUGAUCUCCGAAGUUUGCGGCAGUGCGAACCGGACAGCUACGACUUGAUCGUCGAGGUCCGAUCUGAAGAAGUCCUAGCAGCUGGAUGGGAAGCACGGCAAAACCGGUUUUAUCCUCUUGGCGGACAUGAGUUCAGUUUAUCCAAUGACUUUAUCAUCAACUUGGCCUCAAUUGCGAAGGUGCUCCGCAACGGCGGGAAGUUUUGGUUUCUCACGUGCGCCUCCGGCCAAGACGAAGUCUUGCCAUUCUCCUUUCUGGCCCUGCCACAUUUGGACUGGCAGACCGAGGUGUUUCCCGACACUGCAGGCGACGUGUCUGCUGUGUGUUGCACUCUCAACCAAGACGCUUCUGCAGACACACUUCGCAAAACUCCAGUCGUUGUUGCCCAAGAGUGCCUUACAGAGAUGUCCAGGAGACGAUACUUUGACGCCUUGAGGCCUUACCUUCAGAGCAACGAUGGCGGGCAGAUACGUUUGUUGGAUUUUGGCUGUGGCGACGGAUCGUUGAUGUCCUGGGCGUUUGACCCGCAAGUUCUGUCUGAAGACGGGCCGCGUCAAAUUACUUUGGUGGAGUCGAAUCCCGAGCUUGCCCAAAGAGCUCGUGCACGGCUGGAUUCUGUUGACGUUGUCGUGGUCGAGGACAAUGCUCCUUGGCCAUUCGCGGAUGGCGAGUUCGAUGUGGUUGUGUUGGCAUUUGUACUGCAUCAUGUGCCAGUGCCGGAUCGGACAGGACUACUGGCUGAGGCGGCACGCGUGGGCCGUGAGAUUCUCGUUUUGGAGGAUUUGCCAGAUUCUGCUGGCACUCCUUCUGCUCAGCGGCUGGCUUGGCAUGUAACGCAGGAGCACUUCAGACCUUUCGGACAAGAUCCAGACGACUACAUGUCCGGAGUUCUUUCCGACGAGAAGUGGCGAGACUUUUUCGGGCAGGCCGGCCUGGAAGUUCUGGAGGAGGCGCCCAUCGCACAAACAUUGCGGUACCCAGUGCCACAUAUGUUGUACCGACUGCGACCUGCAAGUUGA